GAGGGGAAGGUAACCAGCCGCAUGGCUGCUGGUUGCUCUGAGCCUCCGCGGCCGAAGGCGGCCUCCGAGGGGCCGGUGGUAGGACCGGUCGGUGUCGUACCUUGCCUGGAGCUGCCCACUUAUGCUGCUGCUUGUGCUCUGGUGAACAGCCGUUACUCCUGCCUGGUGGCCGGGCCGCAUCGACGGCACAUUGCUCUGUCGCCCCGCUACCUCAACAGGAAACGCACCGGUAUCCGAGAGCAACUAGAUGCUGAACUCCUGCGCUAUUCCGAGAGUCUUUUAGGUGUCCCUAUUGCAUAUGAUAACAUCAAAGUUGUGGGUGAACUGGGAGAUAUAUAUGAUGAUCAAGGACACAUUCAUCUUAAUAUUGAAGCUGAUUUUGUUAUUUUUAGCCCUGAACCUGGACAAAAGCUUAUGGGUACAGUUAAUAAAGUGUCUUCUAGCCACAUUGGCUGUUUAGUACAUGGGUGUUUUAAUGCCUCUAUCCCUAAACCUGAGCAUGUGUCAGCUGAGCAGUGGCAAACCCUGGAGAUAAAUGUGGGCGAUGAAUUAGAAUUUGAAGUAUUUCGUUUAGACUCAGAUGCUGCUGGAGUAUUCUGCAUUCGAGGAAAAGUAAAUAUUGCUUGUUUGCAGUCCAAGUGCCCUGAUGUUUCUGAAGAAGUAACAGAAACUCUCACUGAGGAAUCUGUUGAAAAAAUUCCAAAGAAGAAAAAGAAGAAAGAUCCAAAAAUUUAUGAAGUAAAUAGUGGUACCACAGAGCUGGCAGAUUUUGCAGACAUCACUCCAAAGGAAGAGGAAGAGCUACAGGUUAGUAAUAAUAUGAAUGGCCUUUGUGAGGAAGAGCCAAAGAAAAAGAAGAAGAAGAAGAAGAAGCACCAGGAAGAUCAGGAUCCUGUUUUUCAAUGCAGUGACUCCAGUGGUUACCAAAGUGACCAUAAAAAGAAAAGAAAGAAAAGAAAACACAGUGAAGAAGCUGAACUUACACCCGUUCUGGAAUGUUCACCUAAGAAGAAACGAAAAAGUAAUUGUCUUUAGUGUAUUUUAAAUAUGAUUUGAUUGAUCAAAGAUUUAUAUAUGAUGUGCUGGGAGUGGUGGCACAAACUGUAAUCCCAACUCCUCAGGAGGCUGAGAGGCCAUUCUGGCAACUUAGUGAGACCUUUUCUCAAAAAGAGCUGGGGAUGUAGCUCAGUGGUGUAGUGCCCCUGGGUUUUAUCCCAGUACUGUAAAAUAAAAAGGCUAUGGAUACCAGCAGUUUAUAAAAUGGGGAACACUUUGUGAAGAGUUAUAGGGGUUUUGUGCUAAAAUAAACUGACUAAUUUGGAUAGGACCCAUAUUAUUAAAGUGCCAUUUUAUUGUAGACAGAAUAAAAUGUUAAGAUCUGCUCUCAUUUUUGACUCUUGAAUUCUUCCAGACAUUGCUGUUCACAUAAGAUUUUCUUUGCACUCUGAAGAUUAGCAAAAGUACUUUAUAAUACAGUGUUAUUGCUAUCAUUAAGGAAUAAGUUUGGGAUUUUUUUCCUCCCUCUGAAAUAGGUUUCACCAUUAGUCAUUUUAUACUCUUUUGUUUUGCUUAUUUUAUUUUUGUUAAUCAUAGCUAUUCAGUGUUUUCUAUUGUUUAACUUAAAAAAUGAAUUGCCAAAGGAGAUUCUGAAAUUUCUAAACCCCUUGAGUACCAUGCCACUGUUGACUGGUGAAUAACAGUCAGCAUUUACUACAUUUUCCUUCGAGAUGUAUGUGUAUUUUAAUUCUGAAAAUUGAUGGAAAGUGCUUUUACCUUGUAUUUGUUCAUUUGUGCCUCAUUUGUGUUGGAGGAAGAAGGUAGAUGAAGAUAGGAUGAAGAACACUGACCAGUGAGAAAUUUCUAAAUUACUUUUUAUUCAUUGGAAUAAGUUAUAAGAAUUUGUUUUAAAAAGAUUUACUAAGAAAAAAAUGGAAUGUUUUGUGACUUCAUAGAAAACACAGUAAUGAAACGAGAAAUUGGUUGAGGCCGAUAAUCAGUAUGUGUGUAUGCAUGUAUUUACCAGGGCUAUAAUGGCAAACAAGGUAGAGAGAUGUACCUCCUUCCCUCAUGGAGUGUUGUGAGAGAAACAGAUGCACACAUACAGUAUUAGUAAGGAAAUAAGAACAUUACUAAUUGUGUCAGAUGCUAUAAAAUAAAAACUUGACCACUCCUGUUACCUGUGUUAGUAUCUGCAAAUACUCAAAUGGUUCAGUUGACUCUUCCACGUCAGCCAUUUUUGUUGCCAUUCUUCUAGUACCAGAUACGGUACGAGGCUCACAAUUUAAUAUUUGAUGAGUGAAUUCUGCUAGUGGCAUAUCUUGAACUAAUCUAUAAGAAUAAGAUAGAGUUUGGCAAGUGGCAGACCACUCACAACAUAUUGGCUGCAAGUAGAUGUAGACAAUGGAAAGGUGCAAGACAGUGUCUUUCAUUACAGUUGAGAUGCAUUAGUCCUUGAAAUAUGACUAAUCCCAAUUGAGAUACGGUGUCAGUAGCAAAUACAUACCAGAUUUUUAUGACAUACAAGAAAAGAAUAUAAACUAUAUCCAUUUUUAUAUUGGUAAAAUUAUAUUUUUGGUUUAAUGAGUUAAAUAAAAUGUUAAUUCAGCCUGUUUACAUUUUAUUUUGCUACAAAUAUUGGCUCAUGAGGCUCAUAUUGCUUUUGAUAAUACUGUUUAAAAGGAAAUAUUGAUUGAAAAAAGGUUGAAACAAGUUAGGUUGUCAGGGUUUAAUGUAGUGACAUACUCAAACUUCAGUAUAUAGGUGAAAUUGUGUUUGAUAAUACAGAAAAUUAAUUUUUAACAAAACAGUUUUAACACCCUUCCACACACCCCAAGAAACUAUUGUUUGUAUUAUUCAAGGAAAUAUACAUUGUGGCUUCAUAAAAUAAGCAAAUUCCCACAUUAUAAAAGAAUUUAUAUCUUUGAGAAAAGAAGUGGCCUCUGAGAUUUGCCAUCCUAAUCCUCAUGAUUAAAGAUGAAUUUUUCCCUUCAUGGUUUGGUUGUAUUAUAUGUCAUGAUGGUUUUAACAAAGAUAGGCAAUCUGGUUAGGCCUAGCCUAAUUACAGGAGCCCUUUAAAAUCGGAAAGUUUGUGAAAUUGGAAACAUAAGAAUUUAAUGGAAGGGAAAAUCGUCUCCCUUACUGAAGAUGGAGAGGGCCAUCUGGCAAAGGCCUAAGGAACUAAGAGCUACUCCUGGCCAACAGCAAGCGGGAAAACAGGGCACCACAUCUCUACGGAAUUGAAUUCUGUUAAUGAAAAGAGUGAGCCAGGAAGCAGAAUUUUUUCAGAACUCUCAGGUAAGAAUUCACUUAGCUAACAUAUUGAUAACAGUCUUGUAAUGUCCUGAGUAUUUUGUCAGACAUCUCAUGGACAGAACUGUGAACUGUUGAAUGGGUAUUCCUAUAAGCCACUAAGUUUGUAGUGAUUUGUUAGAUAGCCAUAAAAAAACAAAUAUAUAUAUUUCAGUCAACAGCAGAACACAUGUCUGAUCACAUAGCCUGACUGUAUAUAGUAAGCUAAACCAUUCUCUAAGUACACUCUUGAUGUCUGCAAAAGUAUGAAAUUGCCUUAACAUAUUUUUCAGAUCAUAUCUGUCUUUAAGCAGUGCAUGACUGUAUAUAGUUUGAUGUAUAGUUAAAAUAUUCUUUAUUUUCUAAACUGUAUUGACUCAUCUUUGCAGGUAUCUUCUAGAUAUACUUUAAAGUGGAUUUUUGUCAAGCUAGAAAGGGUUCUUUGGGAUUUUGAUUGAGAGCUUAAUUAAGGAACAGUUAAAUUUUGUAAAAUUCUUUAUUUUCCUAGCCAGUAAACACAUAAAUGUCUUCAUUCAGUCUAGUCCAUUACAUCCUUAAGUAGCAUUAAAUUUUUGUCAU